AGCAGCGACUCAGCAGUCAGCCAGUACACGACGAACGUCCUGCUGAGAGGCGCACGCCGCUCCUACACGAACCCACCGACGCAGCUCGCCCCGACACUCCACCACCGCAUGUCGAACGCCUACUCCGGUAUGGCGAUCAGAAGGGCUGUGAUAUUUAUACUGGCUGCUGCACUGGCGCCUCUCAGUACGGGAGCUCAGAUUCCAGACACGAGAGCAGCAAAAUGGAACUCUGAUCAGGACGUACGAAUAGAGUGUAAUAGCAAUGAGAUCCUUGUGGCAAUACGAACAAGGACUGGUGCAUUCAAUGGUAUGGUGUACCCUCGGGGGCUGUCGAAGAAUUCCAGUUGCAUGGCUGAAUUUCUCCAACAGCCAUCACCUGUCCGUUACAAACUGCCACUUCGCUCUUGCAACACGAUGAGUACUGAACUUGGUGAUGGUGGUAUUGAAUACUUCAAUACUAUUGUUAUACAACCACAUUUGAAACUGGUGACUAAUCAAGGUCGAGGAUUUCACAUUCGAUGUCGCUAUCAAACGAAGGAUAAACUUAUCUCCAAUAAUAUGAAUGUGAGCAUGGUUGAUGCAACUCCACUGAAAGCAGUGGCACCUAUGCCAGGCUGCACAAUGAAAAUAUUUUAUGGCGAUCCAGCCUUGAAAGAAGUUGCAGAAAAUGUCAAGAUAGGAGACCCUUUAACUCUUGUAAUUUCAAUAGAUGAACAAAAUACUUAUGGUUUACGGGUAUCAGAUUGUCUUGUACGGGAUGGUCUUGGAUGGGGAGAGCAGAAACUCAUCAAUUCAGAUGGGUGCCCAGUAGAUGGCGAAAUUAUGGGAGAGUUUGAAUACAAUGGAAGCAAAACUACUGCAUCUGUACAUUUCCAAGCCCACAAGUUUCCAUACACAGCAUCAGUGUACUACCAAUGCAAUGUUCAACUUUGCAUAAAAGCUGGUGGUGGCUGCAAUGAUCUGCCACCACUUUGUGGGCGUAGAGGCUCCCGCAGGCGCCGUGCAGCCAAGCCAAAGGAUGCAGAGACUGGUACUCCAGCUACCAUUGAAGUAUACAGUGGUCUUUAUGUUAAUGAAGCCACUGAUAUAAGCAAAAUGGACAGUUUUGAUGAUGUGUCAAGAGAGAAGCAAGAAGAAGACCCAAACAGCAUAUGUAUUUCUCAAAAGCAUUUUGCCAUUGGAAUAGCAGUUGCAGGCCUUAUUUUGAUGCUUGCAGUAAUUGCUGCUAUCCUUAUAUUGCUUGCACGGCGGCGUCACAGGAAAGAUGUUUCUGCCACAGGAAGUUCCAUAUAUAGUGGCCCUUACACUAAUACUGCAUAUAGCCACAGCAGUUGAGCUGUAAAAUAGGGACUUUCAUCAAAAUAUAUAUUUUAUAUGUCUUGGUGAUAACAGUGAGUGCUGAUGAAAACAGAGACUGCUAAUGCCAAGACAUAUAUUUAUUACUGCAGAAGAUUGGGAUUUUACUAUAAAUUCUUGUUAUUGCCACAGCUAUCAACAUCAUGUGCAUGUUGAAUCAUGAUAGAUGUAGUCACUUUUAGAGUGUGAUAGACAAACUGUGCUUUCCUCUAGGAUGACAGUGAUGGUGUGUGUGUGUGUGUGUGUGUGUGUGUGUGUGUGUGUGUGUGUGUGUGUGUGUGUGGGCGUGUGUCGUGUGUGUGUGCACGUGCGCACGCGUGUAAGAGAGAGAUAUUUAGAUAAUUUUCUUUAACAAAUGUUACUUGUUUCUGCUUUUAUAGUUAUUGGUAGCUGGAAAUUCACACUGAAAACAGUAUAGACGUCAAAAUUCUUCUAAUAUUAUCAUAUUUUCUCUUCCUAUGGCUAGUAACAAAAAUUUGUAGUAAAAGAGCUAUAACACUGGAGGGAAAGUGUACUGUUGGCAAACUUACUCUCAUAAAGUUCUCUGGAUCAUGUGAACAGGGACAUUGGCAAAUCCUGUGUCAAAUGUUUGCAGGCAGAUAUCCCACAAUCUUCUGGCACUGGUACUGUAAAUGUGAUCCAUUAUCAGAAUUUUUGUAUCAAGCUAUAAUAUCUGUUGUUGUUGUUCACAAAUCCAUUUAUUAAAAGCUGUUUUUUAUGAUUAUCCAUUGUCAACUAACACUUUUCUGUAGUGUUAUGGGACUAUGCACCUAUUUAAGCACAGCACAAAAACAUGAAUAGGUCACAAUCACAUUGUUUCAUCUUAAAUUUGAUUCAUAACAUAAAAGUGAGACUUGUUGCGUUUAUUUAAGAUUACAGUGAAAGUGACAAUCAAAGAACAAUAUUUUGGCUCAUUGUUUGUUGCCUCCAUCCCCCAUUUCAAGUGACAAAGGUCUGAAGACAGAAAUAGACCUAUGUUUUGUAACAGAAGUAGGUCAAAAGAAGUUAUUGAUAUAAAUAUUUACCUUGAUUUAAAAUCAAUUUCUGUGCAUGAAAGUCAUUUUUGUGCAUAGAGAACAAAGGUUACUAUUCAAAAUUAGAGUCAUAUUAUUAAUUUAUACAGGAAUCUCCCACAGUCUGAACGUAGACAAGUUGAAAUCUUUCUUGUCAUGUCAUACGUCUAACAUCUACAUUGCAGUUCACUGAACACAAUCUCAGAUAUUAUUGUGCAGCACAGUGUCAUGAAGUCGAUUUUUAAUUUAAAAAUGAGACUUGGAGAAUAACAUCAAGAAAUGUUACAAAACAUUAAAAUAAUGAUCUGACAUAAUGUGUGUGUGUGUGUGUGUGUGUGUGUGUGUAUGCGUACACGCGCAUGCGCACACUUUUAACAAAAGAAAGAGAGAGGGAUGUGUUUUGAUAGAAGCAUUUUUCUGAUUGUGUACAGGAUUUUACAGUUAGCUUGGAGAUACAGACAUGCAGAGGGUUAGCAAAGCCAAUAUAAAAAUGGUAAUUAUUUUCAUAUGAUUAUCAUAAAUAACAGGGCACAAUAAAUCUGCAAAUACUGACAUAAUCUUAAAGAGAUUGGCAAACCUUAUUUAGUUAUACAUUCAUAUCUAAGAAGGAACGUAAUGAAACUGCUGUAACAUUCCUUAAAAAUAAGAAUUUUGCAGAUGACACUAUUGUUAUGCAACACAAUACUAGAUAUUCCAUUUACCUUCCCUAGAUUUUUGUGCAGAUUCUUUUCCCCGAGAUACAAUGAACAAUCAAAAUCAACAUCCCCCCCCAUUUUAUUACUUUUUAAAUAGUGUAUGUGCUUUGCUACACCACUGUGUUUAAAUGGAACUGCCUGGUAAAUUGACACAGUAAUUGUCUUUAUGGUGAAGGGAUUUGCAGUUAAAUGCUACUGUCAAGUGAAAGUUGGGUGCAUUUAUACUUUUGUGAAUGAACCAAUUUCGGUUUAUUUUCAUGAUAUGGCAUUGGUUCACAGUUUCAUUGUGAGCUAAAGAAUCCAAAUGACUUGAUAAAAUAGCAGACUAAUGCUGUCAUAAUGUUGUGCAAGUCCAUUUCUUUAUACAGUGUGGACUAAAAGGCAUAUUUUCACUGCCAGUAUUUAAACAUAUGACUGCCAUUUGUAUUUUAGUUAUACUAAUUCUAAAAUGAAAUUCUGGACCUCUGCCACUCUAAAUUGAAAACUUCUGUACAUAGAUACUAUGCAUAUAAUACAUUUACUCAUUGAAGUAAUAGUUCUCAUUACUAGAAUGUGAGAAAUGACAGAAAAGCUCGACAGAGCUCAUGAACAAAAUGUAGUGGUAAGAUCUAUAAGAGAAUAACUAAGAGUAUCCUAGUAUCACAAAAACAUGUCUGAAUCAAAACUAAAUUUUGCUGGAUAUUUUUCUGGUGUUCUGUGAUUCUUGUCUUAGCCUAAGAGUAACAGAAGAGGCUAUAUGAUACUCAAGGCUAUUUAAUCUGCUUAAUUUUAUUUGCAGUGUUUUGAAACAAAUACUGAAUAACACUGAUGUAAUGACAUGUACACUAUUGUGAAAUGUAUUACUAAAAUAAUUAAUGAUUUCGCUGUUUAAGUGUACAUCCAAACUAAUGAUGCAAAAUACAUCAUAGUAAAUA